AUGUCGUCAACACAGGAGCUCGAAGCUCCAGCUCCCACCAGCGAGGUGCAAGCUUCCCUCGACACCGCGACUGCGAAUCCAGAGCUCGAUCUCCCCAAGCUUCAAUCCCUUCCCGCCGAACAACAGGAUCUAUUCCUCCUUACGUUUGUAUCUAGUCUGACCAAGCAUGUGCUGGAAUUGGAAGCAGACGACUGUACGGCGCAACAGUUCUAUCUCAAAAAGGAAAUCUUUCAAAUCAUCAACCUAUCAUCGCCGCAACCUUCUCGAGUCAUACGGAACAACUUGGGGAAAUGCUUGGCGCACAUCUUUGGAAUUGGAGACAGGAAGCUUUUGUUUGAAACGAUCAACGACUUAAUCACACUUGUAUCGAGCGGAAAGUCGAAAACCGAUGCCGAGUUGCGUACCAAGCAUGCUGCUGUUGUCUGCUUAGGCGAUGUGUUCGCUUCUGCUGGCGAUAGCGCAAUUGGUCUGCACCCCCUUGCUUGCUCAACAUUAAUCAAGCUUCUGAAGGCUUCGUCCAACAAUGCUGGAAUACGUGCAGCAUGCCUUAAUGCACUUGCGAAGAUUGUUGGUAUGGUGGAAGGCAGUAUGGACGAAGUGGCUGCGCGGGAUAUCUGGAAACAAGGGCGAAACCAUGCUUCGUCAGACAAGGGACACCUUGUUGUUGCUUCUGCGUGUCGGGCUCUCAGAACAUUAUUCAAACAUACCCCUUACUUCCUAAACUCGAGCGACUUUGACAAACUCGAGACCGCGGUUUCCAAAGCCUUUGACUCUCCUUCAGCCCAUGUUCGACAGGCUGCAGCGGAAUGUUAUGCUGAAGCCUUAUUCCAGGGCCACUCAGAGGGCGGUCUACCGGAAGUUGCAUCCCCGAAGGGCAAGAAAUCUAAAAAGGCGCUGAAACGCCAAUCUACCAUUCCUAACAUCGCCGACGAUGAGCUUGAGAUUCCCUCUAGGUCUUCGAGCCCAGCUCCAUCAGGCAAGCGAAGUCAAGUGCUGGCUUUAUCUCUGACAGAUAUCUUGAAGAACCUGUCUUCACAAUAUGUUAAAUCAUCAGCCUCCAACAGAACCCGAGCAGCCAUAGGCGUAUGCUAUGGCAAGCUUUUCCGACGACUUGGAGAGAAGCUUGUGGAAACAAACUACCUCAAAAUCGUUGAGAGUCUUGCAAUAGACGUGCUGGGGUACCCUACAAUCAUCAAUAAUCGGUAUCGGCUUCUGAUUUCCAGAAAGAUUGUAGAUGUCGUCAUUCAAGAUGUUAUUGGGCGUAAGAUUCUAGGAGAGUCUGGUCAGAUAUCGGCCGCCAAAGCUCUUAUUAACAAUAUCUUCAAGAACUAUCCCCAGGCAUUAGCCGAGAAGCCAGAGCCUUCUAAGCAUACUCUGAUUGCAACGCUGAGUGCUGUCUCUUCGCUCAUACAAUCCUUGGGCUCUGCUGCAAACAGUUUCGCGGAGUCGUGCAGGGAUGGCCUUUUGCAGGUUUUGCAACAUUCUAGUUAUACUGUUCAGGUUUUUGCAUCGCACUGCAUGAAGACCCUGGUCCUCGCUUGCCCUCAACAGCUUCUCCCUUGCCUGUCGGUCUGCAUGAACAGUCUGAACCGAGAACUCUCCCUCCUUGGGUCUGGACGAAACUCUCCCAGAAGAUGCAUCGGAUUUGCUCACGGACUGGCUGCGACCUUGAGCGCGAGCCCUGCUCGUCCCCUUCAUGGAUCGGUCGAAAUCAACAGUCGCGUAUUGACCAUUGCGACCAACAUGCUAAAAUCAAGCAGUCAAGCGCAACUCCGCGUUGCGAGCACACAGAUUCAAGUCGCCUGGGUUCUCAUUGGAGGCUUGAUGUCUCUGGGACCAAACUUUGUCAAAAUUCAUUUGUCACAACUCCUUUUGCUUUGGAAGAAUGCACUCCCGAAACCUCUUGCCAAAGAUAAUACGUCAGCCCGGAGCUUCCUAGAGGUGUCAUUCCUUACCCAUGUUAGAGAGUGCGCAAUGGGAUCGAUUCUGGCCUUCCUGGAAUUCAAUAGCCGUCUCUUAACCGUGGAUGUGUCAAAAAGAAUUGCGGCCAUGCUUCAGAACACGACGGCUUUCUUGCGCACUCUACCGUCUAAAAAGACUUCCGACGAUGUCAACCAGAGGCUGGCCCCUGCAUUACAGCUCCAAGAUCUUGAGAUGAUGGUUCAACGCAGAGUCUUGCAGUGCUAUGUCAAGCUGGUCAAUCUUAGUCCAGCCGGCGGGAGCGAGUCUUUACUGCAAUCAAACUUGCUAACUCUUGCAAUCUCGCUCUUUGCUGAUCCGGAAAACUACGCACCAAACACCCUAAGUGCAUCGAUCGCCAAUGCAGCUGCUACCUUCGAAUCUAUCUGGGAUGUAGGUGACAACUCCGGUUUUGGCAUCACCGGCCUUGUUGCCGGAUCCCGUGUGAGAAAGCUCCCCGGGCAGCAGGAGAAUUCUGUUGAUGAUAAAGAUGAACUUGAUAGCCCAGAUGAUAUGAUAAACAAAAUCCUUCGCUCGCCAAUCUGUGGCAGCUUGGAACACGAUGCUUCCGUGUUGUACAUUGGCAGUGCAGAAUCUUCAGCCACUCCAGACCCCCCUGCCACAGAGGUCAUCAAUGCAGCAAUUCAGCUGUUUGCAUUUGCGUUUCCACUCACUCCCGGCAAAGUUCAGGAGAGUAUUUUGGAACAGAUUCGAACUUUUGCAUCUGCCGGCACACUCAUCAGAGAUCCAGGUCGCAAGGCUGCUAUCAAUGUCAACCUUGCUGCAGCCAUUCUUGCCACGAUGAGGGUGGCUGUAAAAGAGACCAAGUCACCUGCUGGUAACGUUUCGAAUCCAGCAGUUGAGGCACUGUUACAAGACAUUGUUCGUGAUUUUGUUCUGGAUCCAGACGAGCAUGUCAGAAGUUUGGGCUAUGCUGCCACGGCUCGCCUGUGCAAUGUUUAUGGAAACGGCUUCACAAAUAAUGAAAUUAAGUACCUAGUCGAUACCAUUGUUGGGAACCGCGAACCUAGUGCGAGAGCGGGCUGUGCAAUGGCGCUUGGCUCGAUUCAAACCCAGGUUGGUGGUAUGGCUGCUGGAUACCAUCUCAAGACUAUCCUCGGUAUUCUAAUGUCCCUCUGCAAUGAUCCCCAUCCAGUGGUUCAUUUCUGGGCGCUUGAAGCGCUAUCACUCGCUUCAGACGCUUCAGGGCUCAGCUUUGCUGGCUAUGUGCCAAGCACUUUGGGAAUGCUUGUUCAGCUCUACGUUUCCGAAACUCACCAUGCUGAAAUUUCAUCUGCGAUUACCAUGAAUCUGGAACUGGAACUUUCUACAACUUCUGCUAUCGCUCGAUGCGUUGAUUCUCUCAUUAACGUUUUGGGCCCUGAUCUACAGGAUGCCAUCAAGUCAAGAGAACUUAUAUUCACACUUGUGAACCGUUUCCGCGAGGAAGACGAUUUGACGGUGCAAAGGGCAGCUCUGGGUUGCCUUGAGCAUCUAUCUCUUUACGCCCCAGGACAUAUGCAUUUCGGUGACUAUGUCAAACUCCUCCAGAAGUACCUCAUGUCUGAAUCCAUCACUCUCCGGGAUGUGUCGGUAGAUGGAAUACACAAUAUGAUGAAGCGAAACCCUCAAGAUGUCCUGCGGGAAGCAGAAAAGGGGUUCGAAGAGCAACUAUGGCUUGUCCUUGAUACAGCACCGUCUCACGAUGGAAUCCGCAACAUCAUCCGAAACUGGAUGCAUCACACGUGUCUCACAGAGACAAACGCUUGGCUACAGCGGUUCCAGGCAGUACUAAAAAUGACAAGAGCACGGCCUAAGACUGAGGACACACAAUCCAGCUCUAAAGGGGGUGGACUGCCUGACUUGCAAGACGAGGAGGUCGCUGGUUUCGCUUCCGCGGGUGGUGCUGCUAAGGACGAAAAAGAGACGAAAGCCACUUCCGAAGUUGAACCUCUGCGUUGGCAAGUCACUACUUUUGCGCUGAGCUGCAUCGAUGAGAUGUUCAUGAUAAUUGCCAAGGACGUAACUGCCAAUGGAGAGUCCAAAGCCCAGGGCGACCUUCAAGGUAGAGUUGCAGACGUUGUUCGUAUGGCGUUCUCUGCUUCAACUUCGAGUGUCUCGGAGCUUCGAAUCUGGGGGUUGAAGAUAAUAGGAGAUGUUUUGAAGAUGUUUGGCAAAACACCUGAUCCGGACUUUGAAGAGGCGAUGUUGCUAGAGCAAUACCAGGCUCAAAUCAGCUCAGCUCUUACCCCAGCAUUUGCUGCCGAUUCGUCGCCUGAGCUUGCCUCUGAAGCUGUCAACGUUUGCGCUAGCUUCAUCUCUAUCGGUAUAGUCACCGAUGUAGAUCGCAUGGGCAGGAUUCUCAAGACCCUUGUCAGUGCGCUAGAGAACUUCUCCAAGGACAGCGAGAGUGCUGCGAUUGGUGACUUGAAAAGCCUGAGCUCGAAUGCACAGGUCAUGGUAAAGAUAUCCGUAUUCUCCGCCUGGGCGGAGCUGCAGGUUGCAAGCUCCGAGCAACACUAUCUCUUGGAUGUGCUCAGGCCUCACAUCGGCACCUUGACCCCCUUGUGGCUGGAGUCCCUGCGCGAAUUCGCACGUCUCCGAUUCGAGCCCGAUAUUUCCAUGACUCUGGGACCCCCUUCACUUUCUGGAAGCCUCGACACUAUCUAUGCAGCUCUUAAUCGUGAGACGCUGUUACGCUUCUACCAGGAUGCUUGGUUGAAGCUGGUAGAUGCAAUCGCUAGCCUGAUUGAACAGGAUAGCGAGUUUGUGUUCGAUGCUCUUGAUGGGAAAGAAUCGGAUGGUCCUUCUGCCAGCGGCAAAGGCAAGAAUUCCGACAUCAAUUAUCGAGACGAACCAGUGGCGUUCUUCUUCGUUCUUUUUGGUCUUGCCUUUGAAGCCCUUGCCACACGUUCCGGUCAGAGUGAUUCUUUAGCUACACACGAACAAACACUGGCCAUCCUGAAAGCGCUCAAGAAGAUAUUACACCCAAGCGUGUCUGGCCAUGCCAUCUACAGACCGGAUGUAUUUUCCGAGACCAUGGACUUGCUGGAUCGCCUAGUGCUAACAGAGAGUCUGGAUGUGCAAGGUGUUAUCGUGGAGAUCGCAAGCGUUCUCUGUGUCGCACACCCUUCUGCAAGGCGACACGUUACUGAAGAGGGCGACCUGUCUGAGGAUAUCGACCAACUCUUCGAGCUUACACGCAUCAUCGUACUGGUCCUUACGGGGCUUUUGCCAAGCCUUGCAGAGGGGAGUCAACCGGCAAGGCACCAGAUGAACGAGGAAGCUAUCCUGCUGAUAAGGUCGUCUCUGAACGCCCUUGUGGAUGCUGCAGAGGUCUUCCCGGCUAUCAUCAAGACUGAUCUCCAUGCGUGCAUCAUUCACAUCUUUGCCACAAUUUUAUCAACGCCCGGUUGCCAAGAGUUGAUAGCUCCGCAGUCACUACCAACGUUGAAGCGUUUUGUCGGUAGCAUGUCCAAGUCACGGAAGAGUCGCAGCGAUGGUGAGCCAUCGUCUACAGAUAUCCAAUUGCAGGGAUGUCUACGUCGCUUCCUGUCCAUCUACCUCAAUGCGCAGAAGCGUGAAGUACCUCAAUCCCUGAUCUGUGUCAAAAACUGUCUGCUGGCCACAACCAUCCUGUUCACCGGCGGCCAAAAUCAUCUGCCAGCUUCUGAAGCUCCUGUAGCACGUUAUCUGGAUGAGUUAGUGGACUGCCUCACGGAUCGAAUGACUGCCAAGAUUGCGGCCAACUGCAUCAGGUCCUUGCUUCUACAGCCAUCUUCGACCAGUGCUGAUCUCAGCAUUGCUCGGUACCUUUUCCCUAGGCUGACAGCCUUCGUAACUGAUACAGACCCUGAAGAUCCUGAAAACGCCAGGGCCUUGGUUGCGCACACGCUAUGCCAGUAUGCGGUUACAAUCGACAAGGGUCGACGUCUGGCGGCUAUCACAGUGGUGAUUCCCACAUUGAUGGCCCGAGCCACAGCUGAAGGGGAGGAUGUGUACCAUGAAACCAGUGCACGAUUACUGGAGCUUGCAGCGAUAGACCAGGACAUGUUUAGAGCAGUAGUCGGCGGCAUGAGUGAUGGACAGAAGUCUUUCCUCGAGGAGGUGAUUCGCUUUGGCCGACAAAACACGGGCCAAACGAGCAAGGCGGUCGCUGGAGAGUCUGGGCAGCCGAGUAUUGCAUUAAAGAUGGACUUUGGCGGUUAG